AGUGAAUGUUUUUCUGCAAUGUAAACGUCAAAACACAAAUAAUAAAAAUUUAGUCCAACACCAAAACCAAAUGCAUUGUUUAGUGUCAAUAAAUGAAAAGAACGAGACAUAAAUAAUUUAAAAAAAAUAUUACAACCAUCAUCAUUCUCAAAAUCAAUUCAAUUCGAUUUAAUUUUGCAAUUUAUUGCUUGAAUGUGGUUGAAUCAUUUGCGUUGAGUGAUUUUAUCAUUUCUUAAUGGUUCAAAUAAUGAGUUGUUCAUAAUGUUUGGGAUACAAUGUGUGCGGUUGAAUAUACGUUCUGCGCUGCUGAUUGUUAUGUGCUUCUUCUUAAAUGGCAAUAAAUUCUCCAGCUCAGCAUACAAUCAAAUGGAAAUGCCGACCAAAUCAGAGAACCACAAAAAUAGCACAAAUAAUUUAGAUUAUCUUACGAUUUCCAGCCCAAGCCAAACUGAAUUGUCGUCUUGCCCAAACAGUGGCGAAACAGAGUGUAAACAAUUACCAUUUCCAUGUAUAAAAUGUAGUUUUAAUCUUUCUUGUACAUAUGGAAAGGAAUAUACGGUUACAUGCCAAGUAAUCAGUCAAAGUGUGGUAUGCACUGGGCCAAAAGAAUUUCAACGAACUAUGAUUUGUCGAUAUUGUUGGCAAACCGAACAUUGGGAGCACACAUGCGGACUUAAAGAUGGCUGCAAUUCAGCCAAUCAAGUUUAUUUGACAAAUUGUUCAGUGCAACCAGAUCUAUUGUGUUUGGGCGCUCGAACCUUUCCAAAACGACUGAAAUGCAAUUGGACGCAUGGCUAUAGAUGGUCAACUGCUUUAUUUAUUAGCAUUACUUUAGGUGGUUUCGGUGCCGAUAGGUUUUAUUUGGGCCACUGGCAAGAAGGAAUUGGAAAGCUAUUUAGUUUCGGCGGUUUGGGUGUGUGGACAUUAAUCGAUGUAAUUCUCAUAUCACUUCAUUAUUUGGGCCCGGCCGAUGGCUCGUUAUACAUUUAAAAACAUCAAUUUAGUCGACACGCAAUGUCAACAUCGCUAUCAAAUAGAUGAAUUUUACACAAAGAGAUGAAUCCACACCUACACACAUAAACACACACAUACAGACACAGACACACACAGUUUAUAAACUUAGAAAAUUUGUUAAUUCGUUUUUAGUGUUGUUAAAUAAUUUGAUGAACAUUUUAGUGAGAUUCAUAAUUAGAACAGUCGAAUCGUGCGACUAUUUACGAUAUCUAAAUUCGAUUCCAAUUUCUAUAUUUCACUAUGUUCGAUACAUCAUCAAUUUUAAUUAAAAAAGAGAAGAAAAAAAAUGAAACAAAGAACAUAAAACCGAAGCAGCAAAAACUAAAGAAUCACUGUACUGUACACAUUGUAUAAAUAGAUAAAAUGUGAUAAAUCUAAUAGUAACACGUGAACGACACUUUCUAUUUAUAAAAAAAAUGAAGAAAACUGAACAUGUAAUUAAUUUAGGAUAUCGAAAUGAGACAGAAAUUGUAUAUUGUACAGAUUUUAAACGGAAAUUACGAAACAACAUUUCAAAAUAAAGGCUGAGAAGGUGCAUUUUCUCCGAAUCGAAAUCAA